AUGGCACAUUUUGAGCAGUUUCACUGUGACUUUUACCAGUCCAAUUACAACAUAGAUGAUCAGGAAAAUUACAGCACUUGUGACUCUAGUGAAAAUCUGAAUGGAAAUAAAAAGAGCCAGACAGGACACAGACCUCUGGCUGGUGCUUUUGUCCCCUCAGAAAUGCUGUUGCCAUCUCAGAGUUACACGGGUCAGAUUUUACAGCCAACAGUUCUAUACAGUUCCAACACUCUCUCUCAUCUUAGCUACAAUGAUGUUUUUGAUGAGGAACCUCCUUUGCUAGAAGAACUCGGGAUAAAUUUUGAGCACAUAUGGCAAAAAACUUUAACAGUUCUAAAUCCAAUGAAACCUGCAGAUGGCAGCAUUAUGAAUGAGACGGACCUCACUGGACCUGUGGUUUUCUGUUUGGCCCUUGGAGCAACGUUGCUGCUGGCAGGAAAAGUUCACUUUGGCUAUGUGUAUGGAGUGAGUGUCACUGGGUGCCUUGCUAUGCAUGCCCUGUUGAACCUGAUGAGCAUCCCAGGAGUCUCACAUGGCUGUGUUGCAAGUGUUUUGGGCUACUGCCUGCUGCCCAUGGUGAUCCUGUCCUCUUCUGCAGCCAUCUUCUCGCUACAUGGGAUCCUGGGAACUUUGCUAGCUCUGUUUGUUAUUGGAUGGUGCAGUUUGUCAGCCUCCAAAAUUUUUACCUCUGCCUUGGCCAUGGAAGGACAACAACUCCUUAUUGCGUACCCGUGUGCUUUGCUGUAUGGACUCUUUGCACUUCUGGCGGUUUUCUGAAACAUACUUCCUGGUAGCCUUAUUACAGUCUGUUUAUGUUUGUUGGAGGGAUAGGAGGUUAUUUACUCAUUUUUAGAUUGUGCAGAAUUGCAUUAAGUUCCAUUAACAAAAUUAGAUUAUGCAACUUACCUUUUAUUUGCUUAAUGGCUGAUAAUAAAAUUAAAAAAAAGGAAAC